UGAGCGGCUCCCGCUCUCCGUUUGUUUCGAAGAGGGAGUGUUCUGUUUACGCGCUCACAUGUUUGGAGUCACACUCGAAUCAAACCCCUUUAUUGAGUACUAUUUAAAACUUAUUUAAAUCACACGAUCUUCAUAAUACUUUCCAAACGAAAUCAAGUCUCCGUGAUCAAAUCAAGCAGCGCAAUAUGGAUGAUAUAGAGGCUGAGUUCAAUAUUACAGCAGCGUGUCCGGAUUCUCCUCAGGAUCAUGACAGAGAGGAAUCGAUUAAACAGGCUGUUCUUUUCCACCAGUCUCAUCCAGACGCCAGAGGUGUGCUCACAUCGAUUGACUUCGUCAAGUCCAACAGAAAGUGUCUGAAUCUGAUCAGAGAAGCGAUGCUGCGGCAUAACUGGCAGGAGGCUGUGGAGUAUUUCAGAUCUUACAUUCAGACAUUGGAAGCUGGAACUUAUCAGGAACUGAAAUCAACAGCUUCUGAGAUCACGUGGCGUCUAGGCGCAGAGAUUCUGCAUCAUUUUCCUAAUUCCAACCCUGACGAUUUCAACGCUUUAUAUGAACAGUUAAAAAACUUCGGCGUCAUGAAUUACUCUAAGAUCUGUUUGGAGCAUUGCUUUCAUCUCCUGCUGAACGGCCAGAUGGAUGAAGCCAAGCGGCAGCUGUCCAUCGCAGACAGCUGGAGAUACGGCAAGGUGUCGGCUGCUCAGUCCGUCAUGAAAAAGCUCAUCCGUGCCUACUGCGGUUAUGUAGAUUACCUGAUCUGGAGCAAGAAGAAGACCUCUGCACCUGGAAGCGAGGAGGCGGGCAGUAACCGUGAGAUGCACAGCUACUUCAGACAAGCUUCUGUGACCUUGAAGGAGAUCAUCAGUCAGCCUGGAGUCUGGGAUCCUUUCGUCUUGAGUUACUGUCAUAUGCUGGAGUUUUACGGUGAUGAGGAUUCUGCUCUGCAGGUUCUGGAGAAUUACGCUUACAACAAGGAGUUCCCAUCGAACCCUAACGCUCACGUGUAUCUGUACCAGUUCCUCAAGAGACACGAAGCCCCACAAGCCAAACUCAUCGGUUCAUUAAAGAUUCUGCACUCUUUAGUCCCGAGUCACGAGCUGAUGCUGGAGCUGAUCGAGCUCCUGCUGCAAACCAAGCAAAAGCGCGACCAAGAAGAAGCUCUCGCCAUUUCCAUGGACCUUCUGGAGUUUCCCACCUGGAAACGUGACUUAAAGGUUUGGAAGUGUCUUCUGAAGAUUAUGAAGAAACUCAAAGAGAAAAAGUGCUUGGACGUUGUGAGAAAGGAGUGGAGCGUCAGGAAAUCGCUCUGGCUUUCCUUACACUACAGAAACUACAUCGCCAGGAAGGACGCGGCCGAGAACGUCCCGCUUCUGUUGGUCAAGAGAGACGUUUUGAAGUUGACGCGUGAAAACCCCAGAGAAUACUUCAGAAUUGCAACGAAAAUUGAGAGAGCAGGUGAACCGAAGAUAGUAAGACCGGGGAAGAAGGAGGGGAAGAAGGAAGAGAAGAAGGCGACUAGGAAGCGCAGGGUGAAGGAAAAGAAAAAGAAGACUCUUGAUGAUUAAGAAGUCGAAGUGUGUUUUAUAAGAAGUGUGUAAAUUUGACACUUUCUGGAUUUUUACCAGAAAGAAAGUUUGUACAUGGGAGACUUUCAUCUGCUUAUGUUGAAGCAUGGCUGUGAAUUCAAUGAAUGGAAAGGCAGUGAAGUGAUUGUCGGUCCUGAUUGUGACCAGCAGGGAGCGCAAACGCUGCAUUUCUCAAACCUGUUGCUUUUCAGGAACCAAACAGGAACCAAAGCCUGCUGUGGAGUUAGAUGAACAUUUGUAAAAAGAAUAAGAAAUAAAUGAAUUAAAAACAAUAAAUCCAAUUGUCAUUAAUACAUUA